GCGCGCGACGGCUCAACAGCUGCUCGUGACGUCGUCCGUUCAAACAGCGAACUGCGCGGGAGAGAUGGAGACGCUCGGCUCGGGAGCGGAGGAGGACGGUUUCACCGCACACGCCAAGGACAAGCGAAGCUAUGUCAUCGCGAGCCAGGAGGAGCUGGUCCGCCAACUCGAGCGCCUGCCCUCCUCGGGCUGCGUGGAGUUCCCGGACGUGUUCCACUCUCCGCACCUCUCGUACUACGAGCGCUUCAAGGUGUACCAGGACUACAUACUAGGCGACUGCCGUCCGUCCGAGGUGCGGGGCUUCAUGGGCGAGUACCUGGAGGAGACGGUGGAGUCAUGCGGGUGGAGCGCCGUGUGGAGGACCGGAGCUUUCGACGUCCUCGUGGAGGUGCAGGCAGUCUACUUUGACGACCUCAAGGCGCUGGUGACUCUGGCUGAGCCGUUGCUGUUCGAGUACUCCGCCGCGGCGGCGGCGUCGGCGUCGUCGUCGUCGGCGUGCGAUUCCCCGUGCCGUGUCGGCACCCCGGAGGCCACGGCUGCCGCUCCCCCGCCGUGUCGCGGCGAGGCAGAGCAGAUCCUGGAGCGGUCUGGCGGGCGCGUGGACCUGCGCGACCUCUGGGUGGUGUACGACGAUUCGGGCCGGCUGGACCGCACGGCGCUCGCCAUCGAGCACGUCCGUUUCUUCCUGGGGCACAUCUGGAGGGCGUGGGACGAGGAAGAUGACGACGAUUACGAUUACUUUGUGAGAUGCGUCGAUCCAAGACUCAAACUGUACUACGACGUGCUGGAGGGGCGCCUCCCGGCGGGGCUGGUGAGCGAGUACGCCCGCCUGCGCUCGCACUUCGACGCCACCUACGCCGAGUUCUGCCUCCUGCGCGGCUCCAUCACGGAGGGGACCGACGCCGAGGAGAUGGAGCAGGACGGAGCCAAGGUGGCCCGCGGCGUGGAGCUCUACGAGAAUCUGGAGACCGCCAAGCGCAAGCUCCAGAUCAUGGAGAACCCAGUGCUUCGCUUCGUGCUGGGAUACCAGGCGAGUGCGGGGGGAGAGGCGCGAGUGGCGCGCGGACCCCGGUCCGACGGCGCCGUGACGGCGCACGUGGUGGUGCGCUCCGUGUCGUUCGCCACGCUCGGCGCGCUCACCCGCUCGCUCGCCGAAUCGCUCGGCGCCGGCGUCGGCGACGAGCAGAUGAUACACUUCCACAGCAGCCUGCAGGGAGCGCUGGACGCGUGCUACGAGGGAGACCGCAUCGUGCUGUGCCCAGGCGUCUACUCCGAGGAGGGCUUCUGCAGCAUCGCGGAGUCGGUCAGCAUCGAGGGGUUCGGCGUCGCCGACGACGUGGUGAUCGAGAUGCGUGGGCGGGGCGACGUGUUCGUGGAGUGCAGCGCGCGGCACGUGACGAUCUCCAACAUCAAGUUCAUCCAGCACGACGCCACCGAGGGCAUCCUGCGUGUGCUCCGUGGAGAGACGGAGCUGCACGAAUGCGUGCUGCAGUGCGAGACCUCCGGGGUCACGGUGAGGCCCAAAGCCCACCUGACCUUAAAGAACUGUGACCUCUACGGGGCAAAGGGAGCGGGAGUGGAGGUGUACCCAGGCAGCACCUGCAUCCUGCUUGGCAAUGGGAUUCACCACUGCCGUGAGGGCGUUCUCAUCAUGGACUUCAUGGAGUCUCUCUAUGACAUGCCCAAGCUGUCCAUGAGGAACAACCUCAUCAGCAAGAACGACGGCCACGCCGUCAGCCUCGUGAAACCAGAAGCCUCGAAGCCCCCCGGCUGCCACGCGGAGAAGCACGGACAAUUCAAGCUCAACAACAACAACGCAGCCGGCGACCUCGGACAGAGCCCGUCGCUACCGUCUCGCGAGGGCGCUGCGGAGGAGAAGGGGGGCGACGAUGGCGGGCGGGCGACGGCGACGACAGAUUUGUUGGAGCCGGAGGAGGCGAUCGCGGUGGAGCUGGUGAACUCGUCGCAGACGAAGAGGGAGUGGAGGGAAAGCGCCGCCGCCGCCGUCGCCGCCGCCGGCAACCCUGAGCAGCCGAUGGAAACGCAGGCGUGCGGGGGAGACGCGGCGACGACGGGAGACCUUCCCGCCGAGAUGUUCAUCUCCAUCGUGGGCAACUCGUUCCGCCACAACGGAAAGGGCAGUUUCGGAAUCCUCUACUACUGACCGACUCCUGCGCGGCGCGGGGGGCGGGGGGGUCGUCCGGCGUUGUCGCCCCCCCCCCCACCCCCUCCCCCCUCGGUCGACGCGGCCGCCGCACGUCAGAGGGACUUGGAGGACCUCACCAACUCCAGAUCGCGGCAUGAUUGACGUUGGUGCCGCUAUGCAUCGCCCCUCCUUCCCUCCUACCAGAUCGCGCGGCCGUUGCUCGGUCGACACCCGACCUCUUGCAAACUCGCCGCCACUACCAUCUGACGUUUGGGGGCUUCUCCUUGUCUACACAAGUUGGCACGUGCUACAGUCUCCAUCAUCACCGCCACCACCACCACCUUGGUCGCUAGCCCCCUGGGCACCACUCCGGCGUCCGUCGCGGUCACCUGACCUCCAGCACCCCCCGCGCACACGCUUCCCACCCAUCAGCAUCCACCAGCAUCCACCUACUCUUCCUGGUGGCAUCUACGCCGCUCUCAUGCCACGCUCCGGUCUCGACCUAUCCUCCUCCAUCCUUCGCGCGCGUCCACAUCCAUACCAACCUCCUCCUCUCCCUGAUGGCACCUGCAGCUCUUUCCUGCCACGCUCUCGUGUGUCGGAGCCCCCGGGGGCGUCGUCGCGCUUCCGUGGCAGCCGCCCUCUUCAGCUGCCGGAGCCUCCCUCGGCAGCCGCUAGAGGCCACCGCUCCUCCCCUCCCGAUGCACGAAACACACGGCGGGUCCCCACCGCCUGCGGAUUUCACGUCGCUGCGAUGAACCCAG